AGUAUCCAACUAACCAAAACUUAAGAAGAGUGUGCACCGCCCUGUGGGUGUGUGUAUGUGCUGCUUUGAACCUAUAGGUGAGAUCCAGAGAAUUGGGAGUGACAUCAUCUGUAACAAUAAAAGAGCCUCUCUUGUGAAGAUGAUACCUGCAAAAGACAUGGCUAAAGUAAUGAUUGUCAUGUUGGCAAUUUGCUUUCUUACAAAAUCAGAUGGGAAAUCUGUUAAGAAGAGAUCUGUGAGUGAAAUACAGCUUAUGCAUAACCUGGGAAAACAUCUGAACUCGAUGGAGAGAGUAGAAUGGCUGCGUAAGAAGCUGCAGGAUGUGCACAAUUUUAUUGCCCUUGGAGCUCCUCUAGCUCCCAGAGAUGCUGGUUCCCAGAGGCCCCGAAAAAAGGAAGACAAUAUCUUGGUAGAGAGCCAUGAAAAAAGUCUUGGAGAGGCAGACAAAGCUGAUGUGGAUGUAUUAACUAAAGCUAAAUCCCAAUGAAAAUGAAAAUAGAUAUGGUCAGAGUUCUGCUCUAGACAGUGUAGGGCAACAAUACAUGCUGCUAAUUUUUCAAAGCUCUAUUAAGAUUUCCAAGUACCAAUAUCUCUGAUAUAACAAACUACAUAUAAUCCAUCACUAGCCAUGAUAGCUGCAAUUUUAAUUGAUUAUUUUGAUUCUACUUUUAUGCAUUUAAGAGUUAUUUUAAUUAUUCUUUUCUAUAGUUUAUUCUUUUUAAAGUAUGUUAUUGCAUAAUUUAUAAAAGAAUAAAAUUGCACUUUUAAACCUCUCUUCUACCUUAAAAUGUAAAACAAAAAUGUAAUGAUCAUAAGUCUAAAUAAAUGAAGUAUUUCUCACUCAUUGCAAGUA